CUCACCUCCCAGGUCCUUCUAAGUUGAGGUCCUCAGAGAGUGCUACGCCUGUACACCGUCUUCCAUCCUCAGGACGCCCAACGCCGGCGAGCGGACGAGAGAAGUCUCAAGGGUCGACGCCGAAAUCACCCCUCCCUUCUCUCGGCGUUGGAAUUACGAAGGAGCACGGUCCUAAGAACAACGUGGCAGGUGAUACAACUGCAACAAAGGUGAAGGUGAAGGCGAAGCGCAGCCUCCGUGAGAUGUUCCACAGACGCGGUACAAACCCCCCAGAGAAUCUGCCGACGGUGACCACCCCAGAACGAACGUUCAUGGCCGGUACACGAAGCUCUCUAGCAAAGCGCCUUAAGAAUUCUGCCAGUCUCUCAAUGGUUUAUCUUCCUACGAUGACCGAAGUCAAAUCAGAGUCUGGUGACACACCUAAGCCUGCAACGAAGAUCGACCAAGUUUCUGCGACGGAGCCUCCCAUCAAGAAUACUGAUCCGCAGGCGGCGCUCUCACCGCUUACAGCUAUGUCAUCCAGCCCGGCGCAAGUGCCCACGCCCGUCUUUCAUCACGACUCGGCAACCGUCCUCACCAACAUGGUCAACCGCGUAGCCUCGAUGCCCCCAGAUGCGCCAGACCGUGAGCGCUGUCUCGAGAUCGCAGAGGUUUGUAAAACCCUCCAUUUUCGCUCCAUUAUGCUCGACGAGCUCGUUCUAACAGUAGCAAUCAAACAGGCUGUUUGUCAUUCGGUCCAGUGCUAUAGAGCGGCCCAAUCAAGCGCGGAGAAGGCGAGAGAGCAUGCACGCGAUGCGGAGCUCAAUGCUGAACGCGUGAGCUCAGAUAUGCUUCACUUACAGAGGCUGUGUGAGCGGGGCUUUCAUGGCAAGGCGCUACAGGCUAUUCAGCAAAGCUUCAACGGUGCUAAGCUUGUUGAUGGUGAAGACGAGGCUACCAAAGCCGGUACUUCUAAGAAGUGAGGAGUACAUUGUCUGCAUGGCUUUGCACUUCAAGGUUAGUGGCGGCCCAUGCCUAAGCUAAGCCCUCCAGGCCUCUAGGCCAUCAUCUCGACCCGACUGGCUUGACUUGCCUGCAGGGCCAAAUUCGAAGGGGAUGUAUAUGUACGAUUCUUUAU